UCACGUUUUGGAUGGCGUGAAGGGUAGUGUUAAACAAUCCUUGCCAACGAACGCUGCUUCCUCGCCAGUCUACCCGUAAUAUCGCGGUUUCUACCGGCAUUUAGGACAACUUUUCGGCACAUCCUGCGAAGGAGACCCCAUGGAAUCCGUGGACGAAUCUACGCUCCUCUCUGAUACUUCGUCUCGGUGGGUGGCAGUUUGUGGUUUGUUCCCAGUCUGAGCUUGGAAAACAUCUUUCUUCCCAUGGCAUGUAACCAAGAGGAACCAAUGAGCGAAGGCGGGACCAGCCAGGCACCGGACACAGAUCCAGAACAGACAGUCUCUCUGGACCAGUCCCUCGUGCCGGCCAUCAAAGCUCCAGCCAGCCUCCCGGCCCCUACUCCUUCAGACAAUGGAAAGGAGUUGGGUGGUCAUAGCGCAGGCGUUACUGAUAAUACCACCAGCAGCAGCAGCAAUACCAGCAGCCCUGCACACAAGGAGACAGUGGACUACUUCCUGAAGAAGCCCGCUUCCCCGUCCCACGUUGCCGCCCCUUCCACAAGCGGGCAGGCCAACAAGCAGAAGGAUAAGUACUGGGACUCGAAGUCCGCCAGCAAUGGCUCGUCAAACGGCAACGGCAGCAACGGGGAGCACUCGGACGACAUGGCCGUUUCCGUCACAGGCUCCACCAAAAGCUCGUCCAAUAGCAAGAGCGGCAGCGGCACGGAGCAGCCAAUGGAAGUGGAGAACAGCGAGAAUGGAGAGCAGGGGUCCAACACUCUCUCCAACUACGGCUCUUCAGAAAACUCUGAUUCUAAAAGUGCCACUUUGAGCAUGCUCAGCGGUAGCAGUAAUGACGACCAACCCUCUACAAGUGGCUGCAGUAGCGAGCAGUCAAUGAAGGCCAAGAACCGUGAGAAGCUGGUCGCUGCCAUCCAAGAGCUGAAGUCAAUGCUGCCCUCCUCUGGGCUGAAUGACGGGAAAGAGGGGAAACCGUCCACCCUCGCGGCCCUGACGCACGCCAUCGAGUGUGUCAAGAAAGUCAGCUCUUCGAAUGCUUUUGAUCUUCCCUUCCCUGAGGAGGAAGAAGACCCCUCUGCCAAGGACAACAGCAUCCCGACCUACAGUCUCCAUUCACUCUGCACGCUCAGCAAAAACGUGGUUCUUCAGAACAUGGAGAGCUUCCUUGUGGUGGUGUCGGUAGUGGAUGGCACAGUGCUGCACGUGUCGGACAUGAUAGAGAAACUUCUGGGCUACACCCCGCAGAACUGGCAGGGGCGUAAGUUCGCCACGUUCCUGGCCAGAAAAGACGUCCCCACCUUCUACUCUCACAUGGCUUUGAUGAGCCGAAGUGGACUGCCAACAUGUACUCGAGAUGGGGAUACAGGUGCACUGAGUGAGGGGAAGAAGAAUUCCUCCUUCUACUGUUUCAUCAGACACGACACAGAGCCUGCCGCGGCUGCCGAACCGCCCGCCCAGCUCAACUUCACCCCAUUCCGCCUGACGGGGCGCAAGAUCCGCGUCGUCAUGCCGCCCAAGGCCAACGAGGGAGAGGGGAAGUCGGCUCUCUGCUGCCUGGCAUUGGCUGUUCCUGUCAAGACAGCUUACAAAGAAGAUGGGGAGGUUCCUGUUGAGAAGAGAACUUUCCUCAGCUGUCAUACUCCAUCCUGUAACUUCAGUGAUGUGGACUCAAGAGCUGUCCCUCUGACCGGGUAUCUUCCGCAAGAUCUCAUUGGUCGAUGCAUCUUCGACUUCAUCAAUCAGGACGAUGCGCCAAUCAUGUUGAGCGUGCACGAAAAAGUUGUGAAAACCCCCAUGGGACAGACGUUCAACGAGGGCCCCGUCCGCCUACUGGUGCGAAACGGCAACGAGGUUACCAUAGAAACCAGCUGGUCGAGUUUCAUUAACCCGUGGACGCGGAAGAUCGACUUUGUCAUCGGACAGCACCGAGUCACAAGAGGUCCACAAGAAAUCGACGUGUUCAGAAACCCAAUCAAAGCGUGGAUCGGCCACCCAUCAAUAAGAAAAGACAUCGCAGCUAUGGAACAGGCCAUCUGCAAACUGUUACUUCAGACGACAAUCCCACAACUAGCAGCACCCGAUCACCAUCUGGUCUCCACUGUGGAGAACCCUGACCAGUUUGCUGAAGAUGUGGAUGUGCAGGAAAAAUGUAUGGACAUGCACAUCCUCAAGGCACGUGGGCAACAGAUCUUUGUGGAUAAGGUGAAGAAGAUGACAGACAAGACGGGGAAGGAGGCAGAAGAUGCCAAGGGAACAUCUUCGUCAUCUAAUGUCUACUCUCCGAGCCAACCAGCCGCUCUGCCCAACUAUGAGCAGCUCAACUACGCUCAAAACAUCCACAGAUACCUUCUGAGCUGUCCGGAUGUGUUCUCCAACUCCUCUAUGGAGGAGGACCAGCAGCAGGAGCAGGACCUGACCACAGCCAUGGAUGCUGUACAGCAGGCUGCCGAGCUGCCGCGGGGGGCCGAGGCCUCCAACCUUCUACCUGAAAGGGAACUGCCUUCUCAGACAGCAGGUGUGAUGACCACCCUUGAGACAUCGACAAGAACUGUGGCCGUCACGACCAGUAGUGCGGUGAUGACAAUGGCACCCAUGUCCCAGGACUCCCACGUCCCGCUGGACCCCGCCCACAGCGAAGACAUUCCCAUCGUCGACGAUUUCAGCGACAAGAACGAGACCAACUCGGAGGUCGGCGAGCCCCUACCCCCGCCCUCCCCCUACCAGAAGGUUGGUCUGACCCAGGAGAUUCUCAGCCAGCACACCAUCAACCAGGAGCGGACGUACGUGGAACAAGCGCUAAAGGAGGGGUACAACCACCUCCUCCUGCCCGCCUUCCAGCGCCGCCACGGACACAAGCGCCAGCUCCUGACGCCGGAGAACGAGACCGUCACCAACAAGCUGAGCAAGCACUGUCAGAUCAGCAACGGCAUCCCCCGCCAUCGGACGAGCAUGAGCAACUCCUCCUCCAUCGCUCCGCAGACCACGCUGGUGGACGCGCAGACGGCGCAGAACAUGUUCGUCCCCAUCCACAACCCCAGUCAGAACCAGAGCAUGCCCAUGGGACAGAUGCAGGUGCCGGUGUUCCCUAACCAGAUGGGAAUGAACUUGAGCAUGUUCGGGAUGCCGUUCGGCAUGCCAGUCCCCCAGUUCAUGCAGGGAGGCAUGCCCCCAGCAGGAACCCCAAUGAUGGGGUCGGUCCCCAUGAUGCCCAUGGCGCAGAAUUUCAUGUACUCAGGCUUCUUCCCUCACUACGGCUUCUCCUCAGCGGGGGGUUUCACCGUGCCAACGACGCCAUCCACGCAGAUUCCGCAGGGCAGCAGCAUCUGGACGCAGGUCCCGCAGCGCCCGCUCUUCCCCCAGGGUGGGGGCAUGCAGCCCCUCCACAUCAACACCGACCCGGGGACCUUCGCCCCGACCGUGCAGAUGGAGGCCCCUCUGUCGCACGUGUCGGCGCAGUGCCUGAACCCGACUCCCUUGGUCGCAACGUGCAGCACGGCCGUUGACCCCGUGACGACGUCCGUCCCCCCUCCCGCCCCAACGGCGGGGAUAUCGGAGCGCGUGGGCUCCCAGUGCAGCAGUCCCCUGCAGCUGAACCUCAUGCAGCAGGAGUUACAGGAAGGCGGCAGUCGGCAGACAGCGGUGCAGGCGGCCAGUAACCAGUCUCCCCACCGCAAGCUACAAACAGACCAGGAGGGUCUCGCGCCCGUCAAGAAGGCCUGCAAGGCUGCACCAGUCAAGGACAAGGAGGACGACAACAGCUUGGACACCAGCUCGAUGUUGGACUUGCUGUUGGCGGAGUCGAACGACGGGAACAGCAGCACACCCGACAUAGGGUCGGACCCAAGCUUCACCUCCUCAGAAGGCUCCAACACACAGGAGCAGAAGAGAAAGAUGGAGAGUCGAGAGAGGGAGAACUUCAAGAGAUAUGUGCUACAGGAUCCUAUCUGGCGCGUGAUGGCCAACACCACCCAGAAGGUCAUGAUGACAUACCAGCUGCCGAGAAGAGAGAUAGAUGAUGUCCUGAAGCAGGACCAAGACAAGCUGCGAUCCAUGGAGAGAAAUCAGCCGGCCUUCUCUGCAGAGCAGAUGGGAGAGCUGGAGGACGUCAAACUGUGCUGGGGCAAAAUGAAGAUGCCUGACAUUGCUGCUUGUGACGAGGCCAUCGACAAGUGUCUGUCGAAGAAGCGGAAGAGAAUGCCGAGCAGAAAGCACCUGGCGGUGCAGACCGUCAUCUCCCCCACCAUGGAGUCGGUCCUGGAGUCCAACCUCCCCUCCUCCUCCUGCAGCUCGCAGAAGUCAGAGACAGAGAUGGCCAACCUCCAGGGGGACAUCGGGAGGAACCCCGCCAAGGACAGCGACAACUGGGGGGACAACAGCAACGGCAGCAACGGGAGGUCGUCGCGAAGCUCCAGCUCAAUCAAGGAGUCGGACGACAAGUCGCAGAGCAACAACAGCAAGGACAGCGACGAGUACCCCGUGGAGAAGAGAUUACCACCAAAGAGACAUUCGAGCCCCACCACAAGUAACUCCAGCAGUGACUUGUAGUAGUGUGAGAGAUGGGGAAUGAUAAUGGUGACCUCCGUUGUUGGGUUAGCAAGGUGUCCCUGAAGAAUUCCAGCACCCCUGUAGUUGUAGCCGUCCUAAAUAAGCUAGAAGCUAUCGUCGAGCAACAUUUCAGGAAGUUCUCGAAAACCCAUCUUUUUAACCUUCUUCUUGCUACCUAGCCUUCUAAGUAAGACAAAGUUGUUGCCAAAAGGCUAGCCCAGUAGGAAGGAGGUUAAAGGUACCAUACAAGCCUUUACCACAUACAGAUCAAACUCUAUGUUCGAAACUGAAUCACUGCAAAGACAAAUUGCUGCCAAGGCUUCGUGCCCAUGUUAGGAUAAUCAGGCAUUUCUUUGACUUCAAUUUCUCUACGGACAGGGUGGAAGAAAUGGGAUGAAAGACCACUUAUCGACAGGAAGUCUAUCUACGAAAAUAAAGGAAAUAACUUUUUUAUAAAAAGAAAAACCCUUAGUGCCUUAUAAUGGCAUUGUGUAGUGCGCACAGUGUAGCUCGUAUUGGACAUGACUCAAAAUGCUCGUAAAAUAUAGAAGGCUGACUGCAGGGUAAGUCUCUGCAUGUACUUUGGCUACACAAUGGACACGUUUUGGUGUCGAGUAUUAGGCUUAAGACUUGCAGGGGCUGGCUGAAGUAAAAGGGGACACCUUGCGUAGAUUUCCCCAUAAAGCAAACUGCAUGGCAUUUUUCACCUGCAGUGCUGGCCACUCUCCGUUUUCUAAAAAGAUGUCUAUUUUGUAAGAUAAGAAAGGCUACAAUUGCCAGAGAUGUGAAUACCAUUGAUACUAAUGUACAUUGUAUUUAAGUCGUGUGAUGAUUGUGUGAUAUGUGUAAGUUGGAAGACUCUGAAUGAUCUGUUAAUGAAGCAGAGGUUAUAUUUGCACAAAAGGUGAACUCUAUUGUAUAUACUGCAGGAAUAUUUAAAUUCUAUGAUUCCAACAGAAAGAAAAAGAUAUAUAAGAAAUAGAAAAAAAAUGUAAUAUUAUUUGUAUAGGUCUCUGCCAUCUGGCUUAUAUGUUUGUGCAAUGUCGUCAGGGAUUUGUAAAGUCCAAAGUUAAAUCUUCACUUCUUAGUCCACAUUUUCACUUUACAGAAGUCUUUAAAUUUUCCUCUCAAAGAUUAUAAAGAAAAUUUAAAAAAUAAAGAAAAAAAAAGUUAACAGUCCGUUGUACUUGGUUGCCACCAAAAGAUACACUGUAGCUUUAUUUAGCAUUUGAAGCAUAAUCUUAAAGAUUUUGACAAGUCUUUUUCCUGUACUUUUCUAUCAAGUUAUUUCAAGUUUGAUUCCAAGGUUUUUUCCAAGUGCUCGUGUCAGUAACAAGCCAUGUCCAUGCGGUCUUUGUAUUUUCAGUCGAGUUUAGCCACAGCAUUUGAAUUCUAUGGAUGACUGAUUCUUUCUUAAUUUGAAAGGAAAGAAAGAAAAAGAAAUCCCCUUGGUGAUGUUCAACAAAUCUUAAGAAAAUAGUUUGAAAAUAUCUUGUUCGGUAUCCUUGAUUGUACUUUUGAACGUGACACUAGUGAUCUUGUUUUUAAUCCGCACUCUUUCAUUAGAUUUGGAGUCAGUAGAGGAUGUCAUCCAUGAAAUUUACUUGCUGUGGCCUUAUGUAAAAAGAAUAAUGAUAAUGGGUUGAAGAGCAGAUCAAAAUGUUGAUUUAUAUCAUUGUUAGACUAUUGACUAAGUGCGGAAUACAAUGUUGGUCCACUUCAGUGAACACUGAUAUUUGGCGAUGUCGAUAAUGAUGAUGUACCAUUUUUUCCUGAAUUGUUGAAAAUUUUGUUAACUUCAAACGUGAGUGGCAUGAUUAGAUGAUGGAUACACAGUGUCAUCUCAAUUGGUAGCAUUGUGUUGUUACUUGCCCCUAUGGUUUUUGAAGGGUACAGUGUUUCUCAGCAAGGCUGAUAUGUCUUUAUAUGGUGUUAUACCUGUGAGGUGACGUACCUCGGACAAAACUAACAUGUAUUGUUUAUGAAGGGAAAUUGAAGAGAGAUUUCUGAUUAUCAAAUGAGUACUGUUCAGUCAAAAGGGAACACUUUACAAACAUUUUUCUAUUUUGUUUUUGGCCUAGUCAAAUUUGGACUGCCAAAUGUAGUGACGUUGCUCUGUAGAGCUUGGUAAAAUAGAACGUUACUGUCACCUUUUUUGUUUUUAUAAGGCAAAUCCUGAUGAAUUAGGAAAACAUUUACCAUGAGCUCUGUCAAUGUUGAAUUUGGAAACACCUGAAGAUUGAGAAGGAAUCAAAGUCAUACUUGAAAUGUAAAUUAUGAAACAAAAGGUGCUGUAAUGAAGAGCGGAAACAUGCCCUUUUAUUUGACAUUGAAACUCUACAUUCUGUUACAGGUCAAAAUACAAAGCCUAAAAUGAAUUUUGAUUUUUUUUUCAGUGUCUUUUCAGAUUGAAGUGGCCAGUUUUAAUUUUCAGUAAAAUUCAUCCUUUCUCAGUUAUUUUUCAGUGGCCAUUGAACAAGUACUAGUAAGCGAAGCUAGAAAAUAGGAUCCAUAGAUUAGAUGGUAUAUUUUUGAAGAAAUUUUGAGACUUUUCAUCAGAAAGACGUAUACUUUGCCAUUCUUAACACAACCUAGUGUUCUGUAUGGUAAGGUUUCUGUAAACAUGUGUAGCACUUUUGAAGGACGUUCCUAUAAUGGGAAAUUUAUGGACAUAUUCAAAUGUUCAGACUUUUUUUGUACAUAUUCAAAUAAUGUUAAAGUCACAAGAGUAUGUUGUACAUAUAUUGUAUACUAGAAUAUUGUCAUGUGUAACUAGGACUCGAAAAGCCGACAGUAUGAAAUGAAUACUUGUAAUAAGAAUGAAGCAUGUGCAGUUCAGCUACUGAUCAACUUGUACGAACGAUGAUCUUACAUUUUGAUGUGGAAACGAAGAUGUUAUUAAGAGAGAUUUGUAUUUUUGGUAUCAAGAAUAGGAGUCCUAUUGUUAUGAAGGCUUGUACUGAAACCGUUACAAAUAAAACGAGAUAUCUGUUAUAAGCAAA